AUGCCGUUACCCCGCCCUCUUCCCCCUCGCGGGCUGUCGGGAAGAAGGUCGGCGCUCUGGGGCGCCCCCGGGCGGGCGGCCGGCGGCCGGCGGCGCGCGCAUGCGUCGGUCCCCGCUUUCAAAGUCGCGCUAGGAGGGGUCCGCGGCUGUUUUCUGAGUCCAGCCUUUGGGGGCGUGACGACCCCCGCGGUUGCCCUUCCUCGUCUGGGCACCCUAGAAAACAACGCAGCCAGUGCGGGCUCGAGGCGCUUUAUUAGCCGUGACCCCGCGGGCCUCGGCGCCCCCCGCUCGCCCACGGCCCUCACCGUCCGGGGGCACCGAGCCCAGCGGCCCCCUCCCGGGGCGCUCCCCGCCGCGUCGUCUCCGAGAUCGAACACCGGGGAGCACGAGAGCUCGGCCCGCCGCGGUCAAGCCCUGCUGAGAAGGCGGCAACCUGCAGAGAAGCGGGGGACCGCGCCAAUCAGGGCGAGCAGCUGCAGCUCCGCCGAGCAGUUGGCUACAGUUGUUUUAACUUUUUUCGAAAGCUCGGUUUCCCGGGAGAUCCCCGGCGGUGACAGUGCCGGGCCAUGGCUAGAGGAGAACGUGUUUGCCGGGCAGUCAAAGAUCUAUUCCUACAUGAGCCCCAACAAAUGCGCUGGAAUGCGUUCCCCCCUUCAGGAAGAGAACUCAGUUGCACAUCACGAAGCCAAGUGCCAGGGGAAACCAUUAGCCGGAAUCUACAAGAAGCGAGAAGAGAAAAGAAAUGCUGGGAACGCGAUACGAAGCACCAUGAAAUCAGAGGAACAAAAGUUCAAAGAUGCCAGGAGAGGUCCCCUGGCACCUUUUCCAAACCAAAAAUCCGAAGCAGCAGAACCUCCAAAAACUCCACCCUCUUCCUGUGAUCCUACCAAUGCAGCUGUUGCCAAGCAAGCCCUGAAAAAGGCUCUCAAAGGCAAACCUGCUCCUCGGAAAAAAGUUCAAGGAAAAACACAACAGAAUCGAAAACUCACAGACUUCUACCCAGUUCGAAGGAGCUCGAGGAAGAGCAAGGCUGAGCUGCAGUCGGAAGAAAGGAGACGGAUAGACGAGCUCAUUGACAGCGGGAAGGAAGAGGGCAUGAAGAUCGACCUUAUUGAUGGCAAAGGCAGGGGUGUGAUUGCCACCCGGCGGUUCUCCCGGGGAGACUUCGUGGUGGAGUACCACGGGGACCUCAUUGAGAUCACUGACGCCAAGAAGAGAGAGGCGCUGUAUGCUCAGGACCCCUCCACAGGCUGCUACAUGUACUACUUCCAGUACCUGAGCAAAACCUACUGUGUGGACGCCACUCGGGAGACAAACCGCCUGGGGAGACUGAUCAAUCACAGCAAGUGUGGGAACUGCCAGACCAAACUGCACGACAUCGCCGGCGUGCCUCACCUCAUCCUCGUGGCCUCCCGCGAUAUCGAGGCGGGGGAGGAGCUGCUGUACGACUACGGCGACCGCAGCAAGGCCUCCAUAGAGGCCUACCCGUGGCUCAAGCACUGACCGCACCGCCCUCCUGUGCAGGACUAAGUGCCCUCAAAGGGAAAGGAUUUUUUUUACACAUUUAAUCUUAGCAGAUUACUUCAGAUGUUUUUUAAAAAAAAAAAAAGUAUAUUAAGAUGCCUUCUCACUGUAGUAUUUAAUAUCUGUUUACAGGUUCCUGAGUGGGCUUGAACAGAUGGCCUUAUAUUACCAAAACUUUUAUAUUCUAGUUGUUUUGUACCUUUUUUGCAUACAAGUGGAACGUUUGUGCUUCCCGUGCAUGCGGUCCAGGACUCGGCACAGGUUUUAGAAGGAAGAGUCAGACAUGAACUAGGAAGCGGGGCGAGCGUGCCCCACACCUGUCCGGGACAGGCAGGCCGCAGCGCCCCGGCCCGGCCUGGAUGGCACGUCUCCAAGCUCUUGUUCUCCUUGUGUCUUGACAGGCACACGUUGAAGUAUGAAUAUUUUUUAAAAAGGUUUCGCAGUAAGCUAGUCUUCCCCUCUGCUUUCUUGAGCUUACCGACCCUGCUGGCUGCGAGCGAGGCCGGCCCAGAUCGCUUCCCCAGAGGCCGCUGCUCCAGGCCUCGCCUGGAGCGUCAGGGUGGAGGCCCCGGGAAGAGGCUCCGCUCCCCAGCCCUGGGUGGGCCUUCCUGACACGGGGCUCUUUAUAGAAAUGUGAACACUGAGUUUAUUUUAAAAAAAAAUAAUAAUAAAAAUUUAAAAACAAAAAAAAAUUCAAAAACUCACAGGAAACAACUUAGGUGUGUAUAGGUCUUGCAGUGAGUGAAGCGGCUGCGGUUUUUGUUUCGUUUGGGGUUUCUUUUUUCUUUUUGGUUUUGUUUUGUAGAAGAGAAUGAGAUGGUACUCUAUUCUAAUCAAAAAUAAGUUUUGUAGUGGGACCAGAAAUUACGUACCCGAUGCCCCACCCACUUGUGCCGGGCGGAGUCCCCGCUGGCUCUGGAGGCCCUCUUCUGUCCGAACCCCUGGCUCCUGUGAACAAGCCAUGAGCUCAGGCGGGACGGAGGGCCCUGGCCCCCACUGCUGCCAUGGCCCAGGAUCGAGGGUAAGCUCAGGUGUUGGCGGAGCAUGACAGCAGGUGGGGCACGCUGCCUCCUCCCUGGACGGGUAGGGCAGCUCUCACUGCUCAGCUCCAGGCCGGGGCUCCUGCCAGCCCCGCGCCCAGAGCAAUGUGAAUAGAGACGGGUAUGAGGAGUGGCCCUUGUCCUCCAUCCCCCACCCUGGACCUCACCACGGUGCUACCUAAGAAGUCUUCCCCAACCCCACUAGCCUGGCCAGUGGCCAUCAGACUGGAGGAAGGUCUGACGAGGGUGUGUAAACGUGAGAUGAAAUGGCUUGGUUGUGCCCAUUUGUGGUUUAGCUUUGUACUUAAGCAAACAAAAAAGGAAAUAAAACUUGAAAAUUAUUUGUCAUCAUAAAAAUGAAAAAAAUUAAAAUAUUUAU